AUGGCCACCCACCCGACUCCCCUCCCAACCGUUCAGCGGUUAAGUCCCUUAUGUGUCCGCAUCCUCGGAGGAAAUCCUGGUAAAUUCACACUCCAGGGGACGAAUACGUAUCUACUCGGGUGUGGGCCCCGUCGUAUUCUCAUCGACACGGGAGAAGGCCGACCAGCUUGGAUAGCUUCUCUACAGUCGACCCUGUCACAAGAGAAGGCGACAGUAGAUACGGUUCUCAUAUCUCAUUGGCACCACGAUCACGCUGGUGGCAUUGCUGAUGUCCUUGCGGCAGCUCCAGAAGCGGCCGUUUACAAGCAUGAUCCCGUACCGGGGCAAAGGGAAAUUGUAGACGGCCAAAAAUUCCACGUUGAUGGCGUCAACUUAACUGCCGUUCACACACCAGGUCAUACCAAGGAUCACAUGGUAUUUGUAAUGGCGGAGGAGGACGCUAUGUUCACAGCCGACAAUGUGCUCGGGCAAGGCACCACUGUGUUCGAGGAUAUGUCGGAUUAUCUGCGCAGCCUUCACCAAAUGCGGAACUUGUUCUCCGGAAGGGCAUAUCCCGGCCAUGGUCCGGUUGUGGAGGACGGGCCAGGUAAAAUUACAGACUAUAUUGAGCACCGGCAACAAAGAGUGAACCAGGUUCUGCAUACCAUGCGGGGAGGUAAUGAUGGGGUAGAUGGCAGUGCUACGACAUGGUCUGCCAAGGAUCUUGUUGAGGUCAUCUACAGAGAUGUUCCUGAUGCACUCCAUCCAGUAGCAUGUCAUGGUAUUUCGCAAAUUCUUGAAAAGCUCACCAGCGACGGCAUAGUUGUUAAACACGACCUAGACCUGUGGCAGUUGAAGCGAGAAGCGUAA